AAAAUGUAUUUUAUUUUAGAGCAAAAGAUGAUUUGAAAAAAGAAACUGAUCCUUUUAAAAAGAAGGUUCUGGACGGUAGACAAUUAGCUUUGAAAAUAAGUGCUAACAGUGUAUAUGGGUUUACGGGAGCUCAAGUUGGAAAAUUACCCUGUUUGGCUAUUUCCCAGAGUGUGACGGCUUUUGGUCGUAUGAUGAUUGACGAAACAAAGAGACUCGUUGAGGAGAAGUAUAAAGUAGAGAAUGGCUAUUCUCAUACAGCCAAGGUCAUUUAUGGGGACACUGAUUCCGUGAUGGUCAAUUUCGGAGUCAAAACUGUGAAAGAAGCUAUGGACCUUGGACGAGAAGCAGCCAAUUUCGUUUCAAGUCAUUUUGAAAAACCCAUUAAACUGGAAUUUGAAAAAGUUUACUAUCCCUAUCUGCUGAUCAACAAGAAGCGAUAUGCUGGUCUUUACUUUACAAGACCAGAAACCCAUGAUAAAAUGGAUUGCAAAGGAAUCGAAACUGUAAGAAGAGAUAACUGUCCUUUGGUUGCAAAUCUCAUCAAUUCUUGUUUAAAGAAACUCCUUAUCGACAGGGAUCCAGAGGGUGCUUGUGACUAUGCCAAACAAACUAUAGCAGAUUUGCUUUGUAACCGAAUCGACAUAUCACAAUUAGUUAUUACUAAAGAGUUGACAAAAACAGAUGAAGAAUAUGCAGCUAAACAAGCUCAUGUUGAACUGGCUCAUCGAAUGAAGAAGCGUGAUCCCGGAAGUGCACCAAAUCUGGGAGACAGAGUACCCUAUGUUAUAAUCGCUGCAAGUAAAAAGACGGCUGCUUAUUUGAAAUCUGAAGAUCCAAUUUAUGUGUUAGAAAAUAACAUUCCAAUUGAUACGCAGUAUUACUUAGAAAACCAAAUAUCUAAACCAUUGUUACGAAUAUUUGAACCAGUGCUUGGCGAAAAAGCAGAAUCUAUUCUUCUCUGUGGUGACCAUACACGUACAAAAACUAUAGUUACAUCCAAAAUCGGAGCUUUGUCAGCUUUUACGCAGAAGAAAAGUACCUGCCUUGGCUGUCGAUCAGUUUUAAAAGCAGAUGAUUCAGUUUGUGAACAUUGUAAGUGUAAAGAAAGUGAAAUAUAUCAAACUGAGGUUUAUUAUCUGCAAGAUCUUGAGAAAAAAUUUGCUCGUCUGUGGACAGAAUGCCAAAGGUGUCAGGGAAGUCUGCAUCAAGAAAUAUUGUGCACUAGCCGAGAUUGUCCUAUAUUUUAUAUGCGGAUCAAAGCGAGGAAGGAUCUGACCGAUCAAGAAAAAGUCAUUGAGAGAUUUGGUCAUCCCACACUUGACUGGUAGAUUUGUUCCUUCCUUUUUAGCUGUGCUACUUUUAUUUAUUUUUUUUUAUAAAUACAAAAACUUUUUCAUGUCAUCUCUUGUUUCAAAUUUUAAAUAAAUAACUUAUUUUUCCUAAAUUUAUAAAACACUUGUCCAAUAAAGUAAAAAAAUACGAUGUUCAGUCUAGUGUUGUUUUCUAUUGCUGUAAGUUUUAAAAAUUAAAAUCAGCUGAUUCAAUUGUUUCAAGCUGUAACUAAUGUAUAUUUCGUGUAAAUUUAAAAAAUUUAAGUUCCACUUACUUUGCUCUCUUCUAAUUGCAAAUGUAAAAAUUGUAUUUAAUUUUUAAAAUUAAAAAAUUUGUUUUGCAUUUAUGAUGUUUAGUGUUCAUUGAAAAUAUAAUAUUUGUUCUGAGUGUGUUUUAAUUUUUCGUUGAAUUUGUCAAUUCUUAACUGUUUAUUAUUUUAAUUAAGAUUUUUUAUAAAACUUGUGUUAAACCUAUAUUCCUCGGUGCUCAAAAUGUUUUGAACUUCUAUUGAUAUGAUGGUUCCUGUAUAAUAAUUGCUUAUAUUGUGCCUAUUAAAAAAGUUAAAUUUAUAUCCUAUUAGCUAACUUGAUUUGUUAGCACUUGUAUAUAGUUAUAAUGCUCAUUAAUGUGUUGACAAACUAAAUUACUUGAACCGAACAACUUGAAGAUCUUCAAAGUGUUUGAUAUUCAAGUGUUUGACAAGAUAUUCAGUUUUUGUCUGGAAAAAAUAACUUGCUUUUAGGGGUUUUUUUUAAAAAUUAAUUCUGUUUAAUGAGAUUGUAUGCUUGAAUAAAAAGUAUUCACUUAAUUUAGUUGAGUUGCUUUUAGUAAAAAGGUUCUACCCUUUUAGGUUUCAUAUAAUUAUUUUCUUAAUAAAGCUUAAA